GCUGAAAAGGUGGGAGCAGAUACUUUGCUAUCACAGAUUAUUCAUAUGGUUAGUGAGGCGCAACGUUCACGUGCACCCAUACAGAAACUUGCAGACACAGUGGCAGGGUAUUUUGUUCCGACUGUGGUUUUAAUUUCGAUGACUACUCUAAUGGUUUGGUGGUUCUGGGGGCCGGAGCCACGUCUUGCUUACGCCAUCGUUAAUGCGGUUGCGGUAUUAAUUAUUGCUUGCCCCUGCGCACUCGGUUUAGCGACACCCAUGUCUAUUAUGGUGGGAACCGGUAAAGGCGCAACCAUGGGCGUAUUAAUUAAAAAU